GUAUUUAAUAAAUGUGUUCCCUUCUAUAUGAUCAUUGUACAACAAUAGCAUCACCUUGACCAAUCCUGUGAGUGAGCAGAGCGAAUAUGUACAAAUCAUGAACACUUGAAAAAUGUCCCAAUUUUUCUGUUCCUGGUCAGGGACGAGUCACAGAUGGGGUGGACCUUGUCCACCCUUCAGUUUUAGCGUUCAGUGAUAUGGGACUCAUAGCCCUGUCCAGUCUGUCACGCCACUGCAGUAUAUAGUGUCAUGCAAGAACGGCAUACAUGCAUUAUUUACACUUCGAGUCGCCGGGGCCGCACGCUGCGUUGCUUGAGUCCAUUAAUCGCGCUGCCGUGCGACGCACUUUGCUUCUGGUCACCACAAUUCGGAUCGUACGGCUUGACCAUUACUUAACACAGAACGGGCAACUGGACUGGAUAUUUUAAACCACCAAAAGAAAGUCGACCCGGGAAAUACGUUUAAGCAUUAAGGAUAAUUAAGUAACCACUGGUCAAGCCUGCCUGACGGAGUACUGCACGCAACGCUCUUAACCACUGCGUAUGAGUUAAAGAGGUACCCGGCGCACGCACUGAGUCGAAGUGUUUUAAGUAAACUUCCUUAAGUAACCGGUCUGAGUAACUGACCACUCAGUGCUGUCCUCGACUACAAGGUUGACCACUACGCAAAACGGUCACGGAGGAACGCGCUGUUGAGCUUUACGGCGCUUUUUACGGGUACUUGGUUACAAUUCUUUACAGGAAUCGUUCAUUUUUUUAACGUGUAACGACGAUUCUGACAGCAGCAGUAUUCAACGUUCGUCUGUAUAUUUAUAUAUUUUUGACGAAUUUCCACAGGGCACAGCCUGGCUUAUUCUUUAUCAUUCGUCGUGCUUUACGGGUGCCGGGACUUGACGCUGUCCGUGCCAUGCUUAGCUGGAAUUAAUUAUUAUAAAUGAAUCCAAAGAGAGAUACAGCUACAAUAAUGACUGGAAGUUUGCUCCGUGACGUAAUGCACGUCUUUACUAGGAACUAUUAUAUAUUUUUGUUAUUAUAUUGUGGACUGAUACAAGUAACGUCCAAGCCAUAUACAGGCUGUGAUCAGACCGAUUUCCCAUUUUCAUUCAUAAGAGAUACAGAUUCGCCAUGCGUAUAUUACCAAUGUCUGUUUGGCACGCCGCUCAAGAGGGACUGCCCCACGGGAUCCAUGCUAGAGCCAAGUUACACAUAUGGUCUGUUCAACCCGUGCACUGUGGCAUCAAGUGACUGUCAGAAGAAUGUCAACACGAGGCCAGUGGGUGGAGGUGUACCCUUUACUAUGGACUGUGGAAUAGUAGGUAUAGGCGGGUUUAUUCGUGAUAGGGCCUCCCCAUGCACCUACUACCAAUGUCUCCUCCUCCGGAAUGAGGCCACCGGCGUCCCAGGGCCAUAUUUGUUAAGAAGACGGUGCAGAAACCGCCUGGCCGUACCACUGUCGUAUACCUAUGGGAUGUUUACGCCGUGUAGAACGACCAGUCCUCUAUGCGCUGGUCCAACCACGUUCCCGACAACGACUACAACCACUCCCACGACGACUACGACCACUACCACAACGACUACAACCACUCCCACAACCACAACUACUAAGCCCACAACUACAGAAGUCGUUCAAACCAUUGAGAGUGGCACCAUAUUCACACCGAGUCUGGCCCCGCCUGAAGCACAGCAGAAAAUCACCACAAGUGACAGUACGACUGAAAGAUACGGAGCCGACUUACUGUCAGACGAGACCCCUCUCUUUGAUCAACCGAGCCUGCCCUCUACCGGCGCCAGUAGACCAGGACGAGCCGUAACCAGUGCUCCAGAUGUUGUUCAAACUACCAUUUUGCCGAUGGAAGACCCUUCUACAACAAUUAUUGUGGUCACUCCCUCAAUUGCCCCGACACCAGGAGUAAUGCCUAAACGUAAUGAUAUUGUGAUUGCUGGUGGACUGCCGUACACUAUAGACUGUGCUGCUGUUGGUAUUGGUAACUUUGUGCGAGACAUGGAAUCUGCUUGCUAUUUCUACCAGUGCAAGGUAUUCAAGAGUCGAUUUACAGGAAAUAUGGGAUUUGUACUACCAAGGAAAAAAUGUCCUCCCGGUAAAGGCAUCUCUAUGAAUUUUAAUUAUGGCCCCGGGAACCCGUGUAGAGAAGAAGUUUCGGAUGACACCUGUGACAUAACACCAACUUCUACUCCGGAAACGACAUCUACAACAACGCCAACCACCACAACAACACCAACCACAACAACCACAACACCAACCACAACAACCACAACACCAACCACAACGACAACAACACCAACCACAACAACGCCAACGCCAACGACAACACCAACGGCUGCAAGGACACCGCUGCCAUCGGAUAUCAGCAUUGCUGGUGGAAGACCAUACACUUUAGAUUGUGAAGGAGCGGGUAAAAAUGCCUACGUUGCCGACAGAUCUAGUCCCUGUAACUACUACCAAUGUAUAGGGUACGACAUCGGACCAAAUACCAUCUUUGUCAUUAUGAGGUUCUCAUGCCCAGUGUACAAGUCUGUGCCGGAGGUUUUCACUUAUGGCUUCUCUCAGCCGUGUAUUGAUGACAAGUUUGACUGUCCCGGUGCACCACCGCUGCCACCACGACAGAGCACGACAGAAACUGUACCAACGACUGAAGUCAUCACAACUGUUGCACCAACUGUCAGUGUUACUGACGCUGUCACUACUGCCGAUGGCCUCACUGUUGCACCAACUGUCAGUGUUACCGAUGCAGUUACUACUGCCGAUGGCCUCACUGUUGCACCAACUGUGAGCGUUACCGAUGCUGUCACUACUGCCGAUGGCCUCACUGUUGCACCAACUGUGAGCGUUACCGAUGCUGUCACUACUGCCGAUGCUGGCACCACUGAUGCCCCUGUCACUACUACAAGUAUGCGAGUUGAGACUACCACUUUAGACUGCACUAACAUUAAUGAAGACGAAGACUUAGAAAAGGCCCUGAGAUGUCUUGUGAGUGGCGCAGGGAACAUCGCUUCCCGCACUACAGACGUGGGCACGUUCUUUGACAAGGUUCACGAUUUGUUGCUGCGAUUGAGCAACCGACAGGUCCACCGCGAGUAA